AUGACCUGUGUCCCUUCUGUCUCCAAUGCCUUUAUUCAAGUGCUUUUGGUUAUGGUUUUGGUCUCUCAUGUGCUACCAUUGCCGUUAGCAGCCCAUCUUCCCGUGUAUGAAUCAUUAUAUGAUGAGCCACCAUUGGCUGAUUAUAACUUUGUGCCAUACUCAGGAUUGAGGAAUAAUGGUGACUGGAUGAACGAGCCAUUUCGAGCUGACAAACGCAAAAACGAAUUUAUUCGUUUCGGAAAAAGAGAUGAUUUCAUGAAAUUUAAUAAACGAAAGAAUGAAUUCAUCCGAUUCGGUAAACGUUCCAUCAACUGA